UCUUUUGUUUUUUUUUUUUAUUAAGUUUGCAUAAUUUAAAAAUAAAAUUGAAUUUUAUGGUAAUAAUUAAAUUUUGUAAAAUAAUAUCUUCAUUAAUAUUCUCCUAAUUUUUUUUAAAAUAAAUCAGUAUUGGCAAUUGAAUUAAUAUUUUCUUUUUCCAAAUUUUAUACAAAUAAAAAGACAAAUUUGGAAUAAUUUUCUAUAACAAUAGUAAGAUGAGGAAAUUAUGGGGGAAUUCAUUCAUCGUUAAUCCCUCGCCACCCAAAAAACAGAAUAAUAACAGUUCCAAAAUCGUGCAAGAUAAAGGUUGGGCUUGGGCAGCUCUUUUAGCAUCAUUUCUCGGCUGUUUCGUAGCUGGAGGUAUUUGCUUCUCCAUGGGAGUCUAUUACUCGGAAUACUUGUUACUUUUCAACCCCGUACAAGUUGCGCUUCUAACAAGCACUCCUGGAUCGUUAAUCCUUCUUUUAGGGAUGGUUUCACAAUUUUUAUCUAAUCAGAUAGGAUACAUGCCGACGCUAAUCAUCGGUUCUCUAAUUUCAGCUAUUGGAUUUUGCCUUUCUUACUUAAGCCUUAACAUAUAUAUAUUAAUAGUAACGCAAGGCUUAUUGGUAGGCACUGGCGCUGGCAUAAUUUUCACGGCGGCCAUAUCAGUCAAUAGAAUUUAUUUUAACCGGAAAUACCUUCUGGCGAAUGCUCUCGCAAUGAGUGGUACCGCACUGGGAUGUCUUUGUUUUCCAAUCCUAAUCACUAAACUUAUAACAAAUUACGGAAUUCGAGGGUCGCUUUUAAUUAAUGGGGGUAUUUUUUUAAAUGUCUGUAUCUCUGGGUGUCUUUUAUUUAGGUUACCCCGAUUGUCACAGCCCUUGGAGACGAAAGAUAAUAAAACCGAUGUGAAUCAUCCUAUUAAAGUUGCAUCACCUCGGAAGAACGAUAUUAUAGAUGCAGAAUCGGCGCAAGCUAUUAACGCGACUCACGAUACAGACAAUCACGUCAAAGAAAUGCGAGUAAGAAAUUGGAAAAGUGUCACAUUUUUAAUAUCCUGUGCAUUAUGGCAAAUGGGUUCUAAUAUAAUUUAUUUUAUGAUAGCGGAUUUUGGGAGAAAUUUGCAUUUCAAUGUCUUGCAAAGUUCGGCAUUAAUAUCAUGGAUUGGAAUAGGAGAUAUAAUGGGUCGCAUGACUAUUACAUUGUGGGGUGUUUUUGAAAGUUCUCGGAGGAAAAAAAUAGUCACAACCGAUUUAUAUGCCAUAAAAACUUUUAAAUCUAUAAGUUUUUUCAACAAAAUAUUAGUUUUUCUUGCCUCCAUUAUCGUGCAUUUAAUAAUAUGUGUCGCAUAUUUGUAUCCAACUUUCAAAUAUAGUUAUUACCCCUUUUUAUCGUUUAUGUUUGGCGUAUUCUUUGGAAUUAGGAUUACACUUACGCCAAAUAUGGUGGACCAUAUGUUCGGUUCUAAAUUUUUCAGGGCCUAUGGCAUCACGAUGAUGAUGUGCGGAAUAGGAGGAAUAAUAGGCUCUCCUUUGGCUAGCUGGGUGUCCAGCAAAUUCCAUAACCCCUAUAUCAUGUUUUAUAUGAUGGCUAUUAUGUUUUUUCUAUCCGCGCUAUUUUUUAUGGCAAGCUUCAUGACUAAACUAAAACAAUUGUAUAGAAUGACUCAUACUACACCGGAAAAAUUACUAAUCCGAUAAUUUGAAAUAAAAGAAAUCUUCAUAGGACAAAUCUGAUAUUUGUAAUGAAUUGCAUAAUUAUUAUAUUAUUUUAUAUUAAAUAUUUUAAUGAUUGUUUUAAUAGUUUUUUAUAUUGAAUAUACAUUUGUUUUUUUAAAUCAGACGAUGAAUAUUUAAAGUAACUUGACCUGCCAAAUCUGUUGGGUCAUGCGAGAUUGUCAGAUGUCAAAUAUUUGACAUUCAAUUGCAAUUAUAUUUUUAUUUAAUAUUUUAAAAACCUUUUUAUAUUAUCAAUUAACUCUCUAAAUAUUUUUUCUUUCAUAUUGACUAGAUACUUUAUAAUCACCAAGCUAUAAAUUGUAUAUUUUCUAUAAAAACACUAAAAUUAAAAAAUUUAUCAUACAUUUAGAAAUUGCAUAUAUGAACCAUUUGAUUUGCUUGAAAAGAAAUUACUUUAUAUAAUAAUAAUAAUUAUACAUACUAAUUGAAUAA